GUAUUUUAUUAACGGACUAUUCUUGCAUGCAACAACGUGUAUAUUCCACAUUGAUGUUUGCAUCUUCAAGGACAGCCAAGACUUUAGUUAGACACCUCAGCAAUCUGCACAGUACGCUCCCUAUCUUUCAAUCGCGUUCAAUAGACAGGAAUCACUACAUCAGCUUACUACAACACCCUCAACCCCAAUUACCGCGCCACAGUGUAUCAGUAAGGAAGUUAAAUACAAGUAGUCGGUGCGUGACAAUGGUACUGGAAAGAAUACGUGAUCUGCCAGGGGUGUUCAUGAAGGACCCCGAGGCAGUAAUUGAGAAGCUAGAGAAAAUUAGAGAUGGCGGACACGAUAACUUGCAGAUAGUCACUGAUUUCGAUCAGACUCUGACAGCCUACUUUAUGCCGGACGGAACACGUGUAAGUUCAUCUCAUGGUCUUAUUGAACGAAGCAAAUUCCUCGUACCAGAUUUGGCGGCGAGGCUUAACAAGCUAUUCACCACGUACUACCCCAUAGAGGUAGAUCAGAAUGUAACAUACGAGGACAAACUAGCCCACAUGGAAUACUGGUGGAACAAAACCAACGAGGCGUUCAUAGAGGCAAAAUUCGAUAGGAAACAUAUCCCGGAAAUUGUCGCCAAUGGUAGUAGCAGAUUCAGAGAUGGGUUUGACAGUUUUUUGCAAAAAACUAAAGAAUUAGAUGUACCCUGUUGUAUCCUUUCAGCUGGGUUGGCAGACGUUAUACGAGGAGUCCUGGAGAGUCACUUGAAUGGUGGUUUGGCCAAGUAUCCCAACGUACAUAUCAUUUCCAAUCUAAUGGAAUUUGACGAUAACGGUAUUUGUAUUGGCUUCAUAGGAGAGGUAAUACAUGUGCUCAACAAGAAAGAAGUGACUAUCGCAGGCACCGAGUUCGGCAAACAAGCCCUGAAACGACACAACCUAAUUCUCAUGGGUGAUUCUCUAGGCGAUGUGCAGAUGUCUGAUGGUAUUGAGCAUUCCAAUAUCAUCAAAAUCGGAUAUCUCAACAUUAAGGAGGAGCGCAAAGAAAAGUUUUUGGAGGAAUUUGACAUAGUAAUUCUGAACGACGGCGAUAUGACUGUGCCUAAUUAUGUACUAGAACUCGCUAGUUCUGGAUGGAGAACGUCCAAGGCAUGAUAGUCGAUUGUGGUAUAGAAUGAAUAAUGGUUGGAUCUUUUUGUCUGCUUACAAUGGUUAUGCAUAGAAAAGAUCUCUCCUGGUCUCACUCCCCGCUGGUUUUGUGGAUUCGAGCGAGUUUACUGCUGUAUUGAAAAGUGGAUUUGAGCAUUAAAAGAUGUAUCUAUAUCACAA